AUGGCGACGACAUCUUUGCCUCGUUGUGGGAGGAGGCGCCGCCCUUUGCGCGCCUGCCUGUUGAUGCGCCCAGCCGAGCUGAGGCAGCUCGUAGCCGACAUUGAGAACCCGAGGCGAGUCUACGCCGUAUACCGCGCCAGCCGACGACACAACUUCCAACUGCUGGUCGAGCGAUACGUCGCCCAAUUACGAUAUGGCUGCGACUCGGAAUCCUGCGUCACCGCGACUUGCUUCACGUGCCGCCGCCGAAUCGCCGGCAAGGCCCCUCUGCGACGUUACAACACAACCAGCGCAAGGACGUUGGCCGUCUGCCUCGCCAGCCAGGAUAAUCCGGAAAACGGUCUCUGCCCAUAUCUGAAGCCAUCAAAGGAGCCGGCAGGAGCUCUGAACUCUCUCAUAUUUGCUCCAAGGCAGUCUUCGCAGUCCUUCAGCGACCCCUUCGCGCCGAGGCAAAGUAACAUCACUCGAAAGAACUCGGAUUCGCGAAGGCCAGGUGCUGUGAGAUCUCCUCCUGCUGAACGGGCUGAAAACUCGGAUGGAUGUCAGCUGGAGAACAACUCAAGAGGCCAAAGCCACAGGAGGAGCGCGAGCGGUCGAAGGUCACGCUUCGACUCGGAGACUGGGGAGCUUCAGGAGCCUGACGUCAGAGUCAUUGAGCGGCCUAUCAGCAAGGAUCACCGAUCCUUCGCUGCCAACGUUUUUGGCACCGUCGCAUUCAAGAUGUUGGAGUGGCUUACCCCGAGCGGUUUGGCUGCGAUGGCGCAAAAGAUGGACGGCAUCGACACAGACGAUAAGGCCGAGGACUCGGAUGACGCCAAAGAUCCAGCACCACAAACAACGCCGAUAUCCAUGGAUGAACUACCGUUGUCAUCAUCGAGCGAUACACAAACAGAACAACCGAAGGCCAAUCUCGAGCCGAUUGAGGCUGAGCUGGAAGUCGCGACAGAACCUAGCAUUCCCGAAAAGCCGAAUCCGACAGCUCCAACACCCGCAGUGAACGUGGAUAAGCCGCGGCGGAAAUCGAGCGCCAGGGUGCGCGCGACCUCCAGUGCGAACCCAAAGAGGACAAUCCCAAUCGAACCCUCGCCUGCAUUCGUGGAAGGCUCUGCGCCCGGUAUCACAUCACCGCGCUUGAACGGCAGUGUCAUAGACAAGGUUCAACGACCUCCGAAAGCUGCGGCGGCCAAGACACGGGCUAUCCCUGACAUCCCUGCAACUCCUUCUUUCUUUGACAAUGUCCCGCCACGACAGAAUGAUGUUACCUUGACUGAAGAACCAAAAUCAAUGACAAGAUCAGAGGUCUGCGGCGUCGAGAUGGUCGCCGAAAAUAAGCCUGUAAAACGAAGUAGCAUAGUCCUUCCGUCCCAAACGGAGGAUAAGCCCGAUAUUUCGCCCCUCAAGCACAACGCGGCAGACUCGGGGGAAUUCGCCAUACCAGAAGGCAUACUGCCACAAUCCUUGACAACACUCAACAUCGACCUUGUAGAUCUUAUCAGCGACAUUCUUCAAGAUGACGGAACUGCCGAGUCGCAUCUUUUGGAGCCAGCGACGGUAACGCGGUCAAGCUUAGAGGUCGCAGAUCAGGUUCAAAUUCCUCGAAGACUGAAGGGAAGCUACAAGACCUACCCCAAACACUUGAAAAAGCAGUGGAAGCAAUUCAUUGAACAAAGUCUGUUCAAUAUCCUGAGUGACCCUGAGAAGCUUAUCGCAUCCUUCGUGAGAGAUGGCGAGCUUCUCGACUCUCAUUCACUCUGGUAUUGCAUGCUGCGACUGACCAGAGUGGCGCCCAGUCUGGUGUUCGACAGUCUGUGGAUAGCUUCAGCCAGCCUCUUCGGCACAUCAAGAAUUCACCAGCUGUCUCGCUCUUCACGAAGGUCUGAUGUACCUGGGCCUUCAGUCAACAACGCCCAAGCAGGCCAGCUGAUGGCUAUCUGUCUACACGCCUUGGUUGCUGCAGCGCCACUUGUCCACGACACGCGGACUCUACAAGAAAUGUCCAGGAUCAGGUCGAAUGGCUUGACUCUUGCCGGCAGUGGUGCCAUCGCGAAACAGCCCGCUUGGCUGUGCCUCCAGUACGAAGACGCCUUCUCCGACGAUCUAGUCUUGCGCCUUGCUAAGCGUCUCUUCUCCGCCAUCUCAGCCCGUCAAUACGCAACGGAGAUGACUGGUAACAAAGAAGGCGUGGCCUCUGUUCGGACCGACAAGAAUGCUCUUCAGCCUCUUCUAGCCCAGCUCGACCUACUCAGCAUCAACACGACGCCAAGCCUAGAAUUCACGGCGGCCGAGCGAGCUGUUCACGAGGCCAGGGCGUCUACGCUGCUCCUUGACUGGGCGAAGACGGUGAUGCUGAGAGAAUGGAACGGGGAGCCUGAGAUUUCGUGCAACAGCUCCUUCGGGGGAGCGGUGGCUCUUAUUGCAGCCAUGUACGAAAAACGGCACUCCCUGCUUCUAGGUGACGCGCAGUUCCGUGUCGACUAUUUUGCGGAUCGACUAGAUUCAAUCAACAUGCCGGUCGAGUGGCUUUCGCAUAAAACGACUCAGCAUAAGAAGCACAUGCUGGAUUUCCCAUUCAUCUUCAACCCAUCCACCCUUGUCUCCUACUUCCGCUCCAUCAACUUCCUUCGGAUGAGUCGUAGCUACGAAGAGUCCAGCUCGUUGCAAACUAGGAUGAAGGCAAUCGUUGCGCCUGGUGGUCUCAUCACUGACCCUCACCAUCGCGUGGUCCUGCAGGAUCUCCUCCAAACAGCGUCUGGGAAGUUCCUCGUGCUCGACAUCAGCCGCGACGGUGUGGUGCGGGAUGCAUUUGAUCAGCUGUGGCGUCGCGAAGCACGAGAGUUGAUGCGGCCUCUCAAAGUCCACCUCGGCGAGGAGGGUGGCGAAGAAGGCUUUGAUUCGGGCGGUGUUCAGCAAGAAUUCUUCAGACUCGCCAUUGCUGAGUGCCUGGAUCCUGAUUUUGGCGCAUUCACAGUGGACGAGCGCACGAGAAUGGCAUGGUUCGUGCCAGGCUCUAUCGUCCCAGUGUGGAAGUUUGAACUCCUGGGGAUACUCGUGUCUCUUGCGGUCUACAACGGUCUGACGCUGCCCAUUACAUUCCCAAAAGCCAUGUAUCGCAAACUACUCGGCGAGCCCGUCGACGAGCUGCAUCAUAUUGCCGACGGAUGGCCCGAUCUUGCGAGCGGACUGACUACUCUGCAGAGUGGGACGAGAAGGACGGGGCUGUUGAGGAUGUUCGCCGUCUGCGCAGAACCCUCGGACGCACCUCUCGUCACUAACGAGAAGCAAACGCCUACGUCAGCGACUACAUUCGCUAUCUCACUGAUGUUUCCGUCCGCCCGCAGUUUGAGGCUUUCCCUGCGCGGCUUCCGCGCCUGCCUCCAUCCCAAGUCUCUCGGCCUGCUUACGCCGCCGCUCCUCCAAUCUGUUGUUGAGGGCGUCCAAGACAUCGAUAUUGCCGAGCUGCGUCGCUACACGCGCUACGUCGGCUGGGACGCGAGCCACCGCGCUGUGCACGACUUCUGGUCGAUCGUCAAACGGUAUGACGACACUAUGAAGAGGCGGCUGCUCGAGUUCGUCACGGCCUCUGACAGGGUGCCCGUCGGCGGGAUGCGGAACCUGCAGUUCGUGGUGCAGAAGAACGGCGAGGAGGAAGGAGAGGGCGGACACUUGCCCACGGCGUACACGUGCUAUGGCACCCUGUUGCUGCCAGAGUAUGAGAGUAAGGACGUGCUGCGGCAGAGGCUGGCCAUGGCGCUGGAGAAUUCGAAGGGAUUUGGAUUUGCUUGA